UUCAUUUUGGAUUCCCAACUACAGCACAUUUCUCUCCUUCGCUCCUAGUUUUGCUCUAUCGAGUUUGAAUCAGCAAUUUCGCACGUUCAAUCGAGUCUAUUUGGUUUGCAUUUAUUCUGAAGAUUCAAAGGUUUAAGGUGUUUUUUCAUUAGUGAAAGGUGGAUCUUACUCGAGAUUUGUUUAUGUAAGCGAGAAAUGGGUUCUAGAGAAAAGCCAUUAUUUGAUCUUAAUGAACCUGCUGUGGAGGAGGAAGAUAGCGGCUCUGCCAUCUGCUUCCCGCCCCUGGCAGUUGCCUCAACUGUCGACACUUCUAAAUUAUUUACGACAUCCGCUAGUCCUAAUAGAACAGUAAAUAGCAACGUCAUUUCUCAUCCUUCUUCUGUUUCGGGCUUGCAGCCUUUCAUUCGGUCAAAAGGAGACUUGGCAUCUGAAGGCGGUGAAGAUCCGAAGAUGGAAACUGAUACCAGCUCUGUCAUUGAAAAGGAAGAAGGUGAAUGGUCUGAUGUUGAGGGCUCUGCUGAUGCGAACAGAAGCCGUAGUGUGCCUGAAAUGUCAACUUCUGGCUAUGAUGAUAAAUCACAGGUGAAAAAAACGACUAAAAUGAUGAAUCAAAGUGAUUCUAAUAUGGCUGCAGUAGUAAACUCAUCUUCAAAUGUCGAUGACAUUAAGAAUGAAAACAGUAAUCAUGCUCUUUUAGGACUUGACUCUGAUUCGAAUUAUAGGAAAAGUAGUUGUAGCCGAAAUUCAGAAGGUGAUAUUGCAAUAUAUAAUCAAGAAGAUUAUACCUUGGCUCCGAAGAGAAGAGAUAUUAAAGGAGCUGAAGCAACUCAUGCUUUAAAGCUUGCAACUAGCCCUGGAAAGCGGUCUAAACUUGACCAACAAAAGGAAGCAAUGUUAGGUAAAAAACGGAGUAGGCAAACCAUGUUUCUUAAUUUGGAAGAUGUUAAGCAAGCAGGACCUGCUAAGCAAGUGGGACCCAUUAAAAUUGCGACCCCUAGAAGGCAGUACAUUCCACCACCCACCACAACAGGUAUUGUGAAAGAGUCACGGCCUCUUCUUGACUCCUCGGAGCGUAGCGGAGAAAAGCUAUCACAACAGACAACGACGAAGGAUUCAAAAGAGGUUGAUCAGUCAUGCAAUGAAGGAAACACUUAUCUGGAGUCUAGUGAUACCAAAUCUGAAUGCGAUGAUGGUGAUAUGAGUUCAGGGCCCAUAACUCGUUCUAAAAGGAGAAAUAAUGGAAAGGAUCCUGCUACAGAGGAUAGACCACUUUCAGAUCAUAGGCAGAAUUCUUUGAAGCAGCCAGUUGAUUCAAGGCAGAUGAAGCAUCCACCUGUUUCUUUAAAAAAGCCACCUCCAAUCAGUCAAACCCCUGUUGAUCCCAAAGCAGGAGUUAAAAAGCUUCCCUCCAGGAAGCCAUCAACUGUCACCACUCAGUAUCAGGAUACAUCAGUGGAGCGUCUUCUGCGUGAGGUGACUAACGAGAAGUUCUGGCAGCAUCCAGAGGAGGCGGAGCUUAAAUGUGUUCCAGGAAGCUUUGAAUCAGUAGAAGAGUAUGUUCGAGUAUUUGAGCCCUUGCUUUUUGAGGAAUGCCGGGCACAGCUCUACAGUACCUGGGAGGAAUUAACCGAAACAUCAACUAGAGAUUUGCAUACAGCGGUCCGCAUACGAAGUGUUGAGAGGCGAGAAAGAGGAUGGUACGAUGUGAUACUUCUACCUGCAAGUGAAUCCAGAUGGAAUUUCAAAGAGGGUGAUGUUGCAGUUCUUUCAACUCCUAGACCUGGAACAGUCAGAUAUAAGAGAAGUAAUUGUUCAACAAUUCCAGAGGAAUCCGAGGUCUGUGGACGUGUGGCUGGUACCGUGAGACGUCACAUACCAAUAGAUACGCGUGAUCCUAUAGGGGCCAUCCUUCAUUUUUAUGUUGGGGAUUCUUACGAUUCUAGCAGCAAGGAUGAUGAUGAUCAUAUUUUAAAGAAAUUACACCAGAAGGGGGUCUGGUUUCUAACUGUUCUUGGUGCAUUAGCUACAACCCAGAGAGAGUAUGUUGCAUUGCAUGCCUUUCGUAGACUCAAUUCACAGAUGCAAACUGCGAUUCUUCAACCGAGUCCAGAUCAUUUCCCCAAAUAUGAGGAAAUGGCGCCCACCAUGCCCGAAUGUUUUACAACAAACUUUGUUGAUUAUUUGCACAAAACCUUUAACGGGCCCCAGUUAUCGGCAAUCCACUGGGCUGCAAUGCAUACAGCUGCUGGUACGACUAACGGUUUGACCAAGAGGCAAGAUCCAUGGCCCUUCACUCUAGUCCAAGGCCCACCUGGAACAGGAAAGACUCAUACAGUUUGGGGAAUGCUGAAUGUUAUUCAUCUUGUUCAGUAUCAGCAUUACUAUACUGCAUUGCUUAAAAAACUCGCUCCUGAAAGCUACAAACAAGCAACCGAGAGUCUUUCUUCCGAAAGCGCCCCUAUUGGGUCCAUUGAUGAGGUUCUCCAAAACAUGGAUCAGAACCUUUUUCGAACUCUUCAUAAGCUCUGCCCGAAGCCAAGAAUGCUUGUUUGUGCUCCUUCAAAUGCUGCAACCGAUGAGCUGCUUACCCGUGUUCUUGACCGUGGGUUCAUUGACGGUGAGAUGAAGGUUUACCGUCCCGAUGUGGCUCGAGUCGGGGUUGAUACGCAAACAAGGGCAGCUCAGGCGGUGUCGGUUGAGCGAAGAACGGAGCAGCUUUUAAUGAAGAGCCGAGAUGAAGUUUACGGGUGGAUGCAUCAGUUAAGAGGCCGUGAAGCUCAGUUGUCUCAGCAAAUAGCAUCCCUUCAGAGAGAACUUAAUGUUGCAGCUUUCACGGGUCGGUCCCAAGGAUCUGUUGGGGUGGACCCGGAAGUUCUAGUGGCUCGGGACCAGAGCCGAGAUUCGUUAUUGCAAAAUCUUGCAGCCGUGGUUGAGAACAGGGACAAAGUUCUAGUCGAAAUGUCUCGCCUUUUCAUUUUAGAAGGCAGGUUCCGUAGCGGAGGGAACUUUAACUUGGAGGAAGCUCGUGCUAGUCUCGAGGCGAGUUUUGCAAACGAGGCCGAGGUCGUUUUCACGACGGUAUCGAGUAGCGGUCGGAAACUUUUCUCGCGGCUCACCCAUGGGUUUGAUAUGGUUGUCAUCGAUGAAGCGGCUCAAGCCAGUGAAGUAGGAGUUCUGCCGCCACUCGCUCUCGGUGCCGCCCGAUGUGUUCUUGUCGGAGAUCCGCAACAACUUCCGGCAACUGUCAUCAGCAAGGCGGCAGGGACCUUGCUAUACAGUCGAAGUCUUUUCGAAAGAUUUCAACAAGCCGGUUGCCCAACAAUUUUGCUAUCUGUGCAGUACCGAAUGCAUCCUCAAAUACGAGAUUUCCCGUCUCGAUACUUUUACCAAGGACGACUUACCGAUAGCGAAAGCGUUGCAAAAUUGGCUGAUGAGUUAUACUACAAGGAUCCGUUGCUAAGACCUUACGUUUUUUAUGAUAUCACCCACGGUCGAGAGUCGCACCGUGGUGGGUCGGUUUCUUUUCAGAAUGUACAUGAAGCCCAGUUCUGCUUUCGGUUAUAUGAACAUCUUCGGAGAAGUAUCAAGAGUUUGGGAAUGCCGAAAGUGUCGGUGGGCAUAAUCACGCCAUAUAAGUUACAAUUGAAAUGCAUUCAGCGGGAGUUCGCGGAAGUAUUGAGUUCUGAAGACGGGAAGGAUGUUUAUAUCAAUACUGUCGAUGCUUUCCAAGGGCAAGAACGGGAUAUCAUCAUUAUGUCUUGUGUGCGUGCAUCGGGCCACGGAGUCGGUUUUGUUGCAGAUAUUCGCCGGAUGAAUGUUGCUCUCACUCGCGCCAAAAGGGCGUUAUGGGUGAUGGGGAAUGCAAGUGCUUUGGUUCAAUCAGAGGACUGGGCUGCUUUAAUUGCUGAUGCAAAGGCUAGACAAUGUUAUAUGGAUAUGGACUUGCUUCCUAAAGAAUUCUUGGCACCCAAGGUGGCUCAGCCGCCAUCCUAUGGUGGUCUGCCACCACCAUACGGUGGUCCACCACCGCCGCCGCCACCACCACCGGCAAAGUUCUCUAAUUCGAGGGGGGGUUAUAUGAGGCCUGGGUUCAGACACAGAUCAGAAGAUGAAGGGUAUGGUAAAACAAACUCGACAUCAAGAAAUGGGAUUUAUCGACAACCGUCGGAUGAGUUUGAUCGAUCGCGAAAUGGAUGGCAAUAUGGGGGUGACAGGAGACAUAAUUCAAAUGGGGUUGGAGGAAGGAGAGAUCAUCCAUGAAUGAUGGUGGUAUGAAAAUGAAAGUUUUGUUGUUUCUUAGCAUAGGUUUGCAGUUUUAUAGUGAAUACCAUAAGAAAGAAGUAGAAAAGAAAAAGAUGAUUAGUUGAGAGAAUUGUGGUAUACAAGAUUUUGUAUAGAAAAUUAAGGUGGUUGGUUGGUUGGUUAAAA